CUUGCGUGAACGUAAACUGUCAAACUUUUCGCUGGUUUGAAAGUGCACGUGUUGACAUUUUGUUUAUUAUCAUUUGAACCGCAUUUUAACUACUUGCACAUUAUUAAUUUGUAAUAUAUUCAUUGAAAACAAAAAUGAAUGGAGGAAUCGCUCGUGGUGAGCGCACAAAAACUCAUAAUGUGCGUUUUUAUAAUUUAACUCCGCGGUCUAUACAAAGCAUAGCCUGCAAUAAAUUGUGGCAUAAGCUAGCGAUAUCGAGGAGUGAUGGUUCAAUUGAAAUAUGGGAUACCCAGCAUGCAUCCUAUUUGGAAAAAGUAAUACCCAAAUCUCCCGGAAACUCUGUGGAAGGCAUGGUCUGGGCUGGUGAGCGUUUAUUCUCCGUCGGCCUUACUGGCGAAUUAGUGGAGUGGGAUUUGCUAUUGCUAAAACCACGACGUAAGCAGUUUGCCACUGGCAAUGCUAUAUGGUGCGUUGAUGUGAAUGCAACUGGAACUGAUUUGGCUAUUGGUACAGAGGAGGGCUACAUCAAUAUUUUCGACAUUGAUAACGAUCAGAUGCAAUAUAAAAACUUAUUUGAUAAGCAGGAAGGGCGUGUACUUUGCUGUAAAUUCGAUCGCUCGGGUGAAUUUCUGGUGACUGGUUCUGUGAGUGCUAUAAGGAUAUGGGAUGUGAAGAGUGGUCAUGCCUUGCAUAAAAUGACAGUCUCGCGUGAUAAGAGAAAAGAUGUGAUAGUGUGGUCAUUACAAGUGUUAAGUGAUUUCACAAUUAUAGCGGGUGAUUCUCGUGGACAAGUCUCUGUUUGGGAUGGAAAAAUGGCAGCGCAUUUGGAAUCACAUCAAGUGCUUAAAGCCGACGUGCUCACAGUUGCUGUCAACGAAGAGGAAAACAUGCUAAUGUGCUCAGGUAUAGAACCAAUAAUUAGAAUUUAUGCGAAGACAAAAAUCAAACGAGAAGAAAUAGAAUAUCACUGCUGGGUAAAAUUUCUGCAGAGAAGUGUGCAUGACAACGAUGUGAAAGCGCUCGCAUGUGAAGGAGAUCGCAUAUUCUCUGGUGGCAUGGAUGGCUAUUUAGGUAUUUCGUCCGCGUCAAAACGUAGCUCGACAAUCUCUAAAUAUGGGCCCUUUUUAAAGAAUCCCUGCGUGGCUGUUUCCACGAAGAAUCGUCUGUUGCUGCUUCGUUAUACAAAUUAUUUUGAAAUUUGGCGUCUAGGCUCUACGGACGGUAGACCACAGCUGGUAGCGCUUGCAGAUGAUAAAAAAGGAAAUGAAACGAAACAUAAAAGCAAUGGACCAGAGCGUGGGCUACUUGCUUUGAAUGCAGCACCCGAAAAACUUUUAGAAUUUAAAAGUAAAAAAGAGGAACCCAUUGUUUGUGCAACAAUAUCGCCUGACGGUCAGUGGCUGUGUUACUCGACGCAAAAGAAUAUACGUCUUUUCCGCUUCGUGUCGGCAGUGACGGGGAAAAAUGAUACACAACUGGUACGCAUCAGAGGCCUGCCAGAACAAUUUAAAGCGGCUACGCAUGUAACGUUCAGCAGCGAUUCGAAACGUUUGUUCCUCGUCCAUCCCGACACACGUCAAAUACAUGUAUUCUCAAUAGUUAAUAAUGGCAGUACAGAUCUAGAUUUUAUCGAAACCAUAGAAACCGCUAAACACAUUAGGGACGUCAUUAGCCUGUUCGCCGUUUCGGAGUGUGGUACAUACAUUGUAGCAGCUGGUGCGGAUCGUACUAUCGCAGUAUGGAGUAUAUACCAGGGUAAACAUUUCAGACACCAUCUGAAUAUGCCACGCUACUCGGCCAUAACGACGGCCAUAGCUAUUCACGCAAAGGAGGCGCGCCUGGUAGCGGCUUUCUCUGAUGGCAAAAUCAUUGAAUACGAUUUGGAGGAGAUGUGUUUUACCUGCUCAGAGAGUGAAUACUUCGUGGAGAAUGCUGAAACGCAUUGUGUUACAAAUAUUCUAUUGGACACUCGAAAUACGAAUAAUAUUAUUUUGCAUAACGAUGCGUAUCUGUAUGUAUUGGAGAAAGUUGCGGCUACAAAUGGUGACUUGGGACAUCAUGAUGAACAUGAUGAUGAUGCGCUGGUAUUGCCAAAGAAGAAAAGUGGAAAGAAACUAAAACGUAUUAUCAGUGACAGCAAAGUUAGUAGCCUACGUUUGAAAUUCAAGAAGUCCUAUGAGCACUUAAUAUCGCUAUGCUGGCUGAGCUCGGAUGAAUUGGUUGCUGUUGGCGUAAAUCCAAUUACAUUAAUAGAACAAUUACCGGACGUUUUUAAACAAAAGAAAUUCGGCACAGCUUAGGGUGCCUUAAAAUGUAUAUAUAAAAGUGAAGGUUUUAGUUUCUUAAUGUAAUAAGAAAUUGAUAUAUGUCUUUAAUAAUAGUUUAAUGUUAAGGCUACUUAUUAAAUUAAUUGAGGAAAUAUAUAUUUGUAUAUAUUGAAAGAAAAAACCAAAAAC